GCCAAGAGACUGCAGCCAAUACGUGCGGUGCAGGUGCAGCAGAUUAACAAUUCAGCUCGUGCGUGCGUGCUCAUCCACAGCCAUGGUGAGAUCGCUUCCGUCUGUCUCGAUGGAGGGGAGGAGGCUGGAGGAGGAGGAGGAGGAGCAGGAGCAGCGGGAGGUGCUGCUCAUCCACAGCCAGGUGCGGAGGAUCAAGCGGGAGGACGAGGAGACCCGGAGGCAGCUCCUCAAGCUGCAGCUGCUGGAGACGAGGCCGGCCGCCGGGCACGGGCACGGGCAGGAGGCCUCGCCGCCGGCCUCCCGCUCUCUGUCGCCGCUGCGGCGCGCCGGGGGCGCCAUACCGGUCGGCGACUGGGCCUAGUCACCUCGCCUGGCCGGUCCGCCGGCGUAGACAUAUAGAUAUAGGAGAGCGAGCGAGCUAUAUAUGUGAGAGCCAUAGUACGAUCGAUCGAUGCCUGUCCAUGCUCUCUGCGUGCAUGGAACCAGAGCUUAUGGUUGAUCGAUCGAUGUAGCUGCUUUACAUGCUCUGUUUCAGUCGACUUUUCUUCUUCUGUUGUAAAUAUACCGAAGUUCACAUCGUGCUUCUA